CAGUUCCAGUUCCAGUUCCAGUUCCUCCCUCUCCCUGCUGCUCCUCUUCCUCUCCUUGUCUGUCUGUCUGUCGGUUGUUGUCUGUGAUCAUGGCCACAGCUGGAAAGGUCAUCACCUGUAGGGCGGCGGUGGCCUGGGAGCCCAACAAGCCAAUGGUGAUGGAGGAGAUCCAGGUGGCGCCACCACAGGCCGAGGAAGUCCGCAUCAAGAUUGUGGCGUCGGCAGUGUGCCACACUGACCUCUACCAUCUGUUUGAGAGAAUGCACAAAGAUGGCUUCCCAGUCGUACUGGGCCACGAGGCCGCCGGCGUGGUGGAGAGCGUCGGACCAGGAGUGACGGAGUUUCAGCCAGGAGACCAUGUGAUUCCUCUGUUCGUCUCCCAGUGUAGAGAGUGUCGCUUCUGUAAGAACCCCAAGACCAACCAGUGUGAGAGAGGAUGGGCAGCGGAACGUUACGACGUCAUGGCAGCGACUGAGUCCAGGUUCACCUGCAGGGGGAAGAAGGUUCUGCAGUUCAUGGGAACCAGUACCUUCUCAGAGUACACUGUGAUGAACCAGGUGUCUGUGGCUAAGAUUGACCCCACUGCCCCCCUGGACAAAGUCUGUCUCCUCGGCUGCGGCGUCUGCACUGGGUUCGGCGCGGCGGUCAACACGGCUCAGGUGGAACCAGGGUCCACGUGUGCCGUCUUUGGUCUGGGAGCCGUGGGUUUGGCCGCAGUGAUGGGCUGUCAGUUUGCUGGAGCCAAGAAGAUCUUUGCUGUCGACGUCAAUCCAGAGAAGUUUGAGAAGGCCAAGGUGUUCGGAGCCACGGACUUCCUCAAUCCUAAAGAUUAUGAUCGACCAAUCAGUGCAGUGCUGGCUGAGCUGACUGCUGGAGGAGUGGACUUCUCUCUGGAAUGUGUUGGCAACGUGGAGGUCAUGCGCAGUGCUCUGGAGUCCAGUGUGAAGGGCUGGGGGGUCAGUGUGCUGGUCGUGGACGACGUGGCCACCCGACCUAUUGUGCUGAUUGCUGGACGUACAUGGAAAGGCUCUCUGUUUGGAGGUUUUAAAAGUAAGGAUGGAGUACCUAAGAUGGUCCAAGCCUACCUGGACAAGAAGGUGAAGCUGGAUGAGUUCAUCACUCACAACAUGAGUCUGGAGCAGAUCAAUGAAGCCUUUGAAGUGAUGAAGCAGGGCAAAUGCAUCCGUACUGUCAUCAGCGUUUCUCCACAGUAGCACCACCUAUCUGUUUAACCUUUGACCCCUGGACACAGCAGUUAGAAUGAUCUGCUGUCACUUCAUGUCGGUCCCUAACAACAUAUAUAUCCAUGAAAAUAUCCUUUUCUCAUUGUCCUUUAUAUUUCUGAUGAGUUUGGACGGUACUUCCUGGUUCCAAUGCUAACGAUAGCUGCCGCAGUAUUAGCAUCUAAGAAUGCUAACAAAACCAUCAACAUGUCAGUGUAAAAUGGAAGGAAAUAAAACCAGUCAACAAACA